GACUAAUUUCAGCUUGACAUCCUACCUAUCAAUUUUGGUUAAAGCCGAGAACGGCAACCCUGUCACAUGUCAAGGAAAGAUCUGGCAUGCACUGCAGUUUGCUCUGCAACAACAAGCACUUUUGACAUAUUUUGAUAAGAACGUGUUACCAGUUGUUUUAUUUUCUUUUUAUAGCCCACAUUUUCCUAUAUACAUAGUAAAAUAAAGUGCUUUAAUUUUUUACGUACUGCAGUUAGAUACAAUUUUCAAAUGUCUUCCAUAUUCCUAAAAAAUGGUGCAGCGGCGAUGAUAAAGUAUUCGUUAAAAAUUUGCUGGAAAUCUCCGAAUGCGGCUCAAAUACGCUAUCUGAACUUAACACCAUGCUUACAAAAAUUAGUAACAUUUAGACUUAGCGACAUUGGUGAAGGAAUUCGUGAAGUUACUGUGAAGGAAUGGUUUGUCAAGGUCGGUGACUCUGUAGAACAAUUCGACGAAAUUUGCGAAGUGCAAUCGGAUAAAGCAUCUGUUACAAUUACUAGUCGUUACGAUGGCAAAAUCGUGAAACUCUAUCAUCCAGUAGAUGAUGUCGCUCAUGUAGGCAAACCGUUGUUAGACUUCGAAGUUGAAGAAGAUGAUGAUUCUGAUUCAGAAUCAAGCGCCGAUUCAGGUUCCAGUGCUAGCGAUCAUAAAUCUUUCCAAUCAUCUACUGGAAAAGUCGCAAGCGAUGAGGACGUAGCACGCCAUAUAACACUUGCAACGCCAGCAGUCCGUCGUCUGGCUAUGGAAAAUAAAGUAGACCUCUCAAAAGUACCGCCUACAGGUAAACAAGGACGUGUGCUUAAAGGAGAUGUACUCGAAUAUCUGGGACAUUUGCCAGCUGGCACCAAUAUACAACAUCCAACAAUUGCAGCCAAAAUUGAGGAGAUCAAAUUUUUAGAAACAAAGUCCGUGCCAAAAUCUACACCUGCUGUUCCUUAUCGUGUUGAGCCACUGAAAGGUGUGCCUAAAGCGAUGCUCAAGACCAUGUCAGCAUCGUUGAAAAUUCCUCACUUUGCCUAUAGUGAUGAGGUUAACAUGACAAAGCUUAUUGAUUUCCGGGAUCAAUUAAAAAGUGCGGCGAGCGAUCGAGGCAUACCUAAACUCACCUUCAUGCCCUUUUGUAUCAAGGCUGCAUCUAUUGCACUCUCAAAGUUCCCUAUUCUAAACAGUUCGCUAGAUAUUGAUAAGGAGGCAGUUAUUUACAAAGCGUCUCACAAUAUCAGCGUAGCUAUAGACUCUCCUCAGGGCCUAAUAGUGCCCAAUAUCAAGAACUGCGAGAGUAAAAAUAUUCUAGAAAUCGCAUUACAUUUGAAUGAACUGGUUGAAAGAGGUCGCAAAAAUGCAUUGACACCGCAAGACUUUGCUGAUGGUACCUUUUCACUUUCGAACAUUGGUGUGUUUGGCGGUACUUAUACUCACCCUUGCAUUAUGGCGCCUCAAGUGGCCAUUGGUGCUAUGGGACGAACAAAGCAUUGUCCUAUGUAAACGCGCCGUUAGUGGCCUUUGCCAAUCAAAGACGGCAAGAACGAGGUAUUGAUGUUCUACAAUAUUGGAAAAAUGAGUCUUCGCGGAAACCGCACUUAGCUCAGUUAGCUAAAAUAGUUUUAACUGUUCCUGCAACCAGGUCAGUGUUGAAAGGAUGUUUUAUGGCCUAAAAUUCAUUAUGACACCUACGAGGGCAAAUUUAAAUAGUAGUGUAAAUGUAGUGGAUUCGAUUUGAUUGAUAAGAACUAAUCGAUUGUAUAGGCUACAAAUAUUUAAAUAAAUUUAUUAGCUUUUGCGAGUAAGAUGUGACCCUUUUUAAACAAACGAUUAUUGUUAUAUUAUAAUAUCAACAUAUUUUGUGUGAGAAUUGCACUUAUAUGUAUGUAUAUCAAAUACUAUCAGCAACAACUCUCAUUAUAUAACAAAUAAUAUAAUAAACAAAUUUCUGCAUUUAGAUCUAAGCAAAUGUGGUGGAAUAUAGUUAUUAGUUUGUAUAAUUGAUUCAGAGGUGUUUUCUUUAUAUAAACUAAAAUUAAUCACAAUGUUUAAUUUCGCCAAAAGCAAACCUUAUGUACCUUAUUUAU